GGAGCAUUCACACCAUACCCGUCAGCUUGGGCUCAGUUUGCUGCUGACCCGGCAAAUGCUCAGGCUCUACAGGCUAUCAACAAGUGAUGGCCAUGAUGAAACAGGCAGGGGGCUUCAUGCCAUUUGCCUAUCCUGGCAUGACGCCGCCAAUCAUGCCACCUCCGGUGUCAACCCCAUCGACAUUUGUCCCUAGGAUGGUCCCUAUACGCCCGGUGAAUCUGACGGGGACCAUGAAUGAAGCAGCACCCUCAAAUGUCCAUGAGGUCGAUGAGGCGGAGCAAGAGGCGGCCCGCAAGAGGAAGGGUAAGGCUAUAGCCAAACCCAGCAAGACCCGAGAUUCAGCGUUCAAACGCCUAGGGGACAAAGAGGAUGGGCCCCGAAAGUCUGCCAAGCUACGUCUUGGUCCUGAGAUGGGCCGGACUAGCGCAAUGGAAAGACUUGGAGGGAAUCGCCCCGCCCAAUGUCGUCGUUCUAGGGAAUCUGAGACGAUUCACCUAGACGAGGAGGAAGCUGAAAGCCAGCCCAGGGCAUCGGCAUAUACCAGGCUCUCAUAUGAUGAGGAUGACCUGGACAAGAUAGGGAGCGUAGCGAGAAAGCUUCGUGCCCUGGAGGAAAAGGUGGACGAGAAGGCGGGAGCAAAGAAGCACACCCUGGCCAAAUCACCCUUUUCGGCCAGGGUACAUGCACAAAAAUUGAGGCGGAAGGUCAAGCUGGACGUGGAGAAAUUCACUGGAAAGGAGGAUCCAAAUGUCCACCUUGACACCUUCCACAAUGCAGGACAGAUGGCCGGGUGCACUGAUGCUGAGGAGUGCUUGCUCUUCUUCUCAUCCUUGAGAGGGAGGCCUGUGGAAUGGUUUAACGGCCUUCCCCAUGGUAGGAUUGGGUCCUUUGAGAAACUUGCCGAAGUUUUCCGCAAGAAGUACCAAGACAACUGCAUUAAGAGGAAGAAGUUCACCUACCUUAACACGGUAGGGCAGAGGGAGAAGAAGUCCUUGACUCAAUUCUUAACCCGCUGGAGGGAUGAGGUUGACAAGGAAGCCUAUAAUACGGCAUGGGAAUACUCCGAGGCGGAGGUCCUGAACAAGAGCAAGCGAGAGCUGGAGGAAGGCUAUACAAAGAUGAAAUCUGACAAGCCGAAGAAGGAUGACCAGACGGGAGGGUCCAAGCCAAAAGCCACAUAUGACGGGUCCAUCCACCAAAUAAGGGAUGAUAAGAAGGGAGAGCAACCCAAGAGACCAUGGACGGAGAAGUGGUGCACAUACCACCAAUCCGAUUCCCACAACACGGCGGACUGCCGAAAUGUCAAGGCCGUGCUCAAGGAGAUGGCCUUGAACGGAGAGCUGGGGGAAGGUUAUGCAGCGGGGAAUAAAGAUCUGAAAGCGAACACCUGGACCCGUCCUCAGGGAAAAGACCAGGGGAGGAAAAAAUCCGGAAAGGAUAACAACAAGCCGGAUAAAGAAUUCAUCGAGAUGAUUGUCGGCGGCCUAGAAGGCGGGGACACUGCCUCCCAGCGGAAGAAUUGGGCCAGGAGCUUGCACGUAGCGGUGGUUUCCCUGGAAUCACAAGGGAAGCAGGCAAAGAGGGAACCUAUCACUUUCACUGAUAGGGAUCUGCCCAGGACGGGGGGAGAUCAUAAUGACCCUUUGGUUGUUACAAUGGAUAUCAAUGAAGCUGAUGUGGCCAGGGUCCUGGUUGACACAGGAAGCAGUGUCAAUGUUCUAUACUUGGAUGCUUUCAAGAAAUUGAAGCUGGACAGGUCCAUGUUGAGACCGUUGCAAACUCCAUUGUCAGGCUUCACUGGAGCUAGCAUAGAAGCGGAAGGUCAGAUCACCUUACCAGUUACCUUGGGGGCCAUCAUUUCUAUGGCACACUUGUGCAUGAAAUUCUACACUCCCAAUGGGAUCGGGGAGGAAAGGGGUGAUCAAAAGAAUGCCCGGUCCUGCUACCUGGAAGCAGUUAAGAAAAUGACCCGCCAAUUUGAACAAAUUGAAUUGGUCUCCCAGCAAGUAGACAAGGGAGAGGAGAAGGCAAGAAUCGAGCCAGAUGCAAACACGGAGGAGAUCCAGAUUGAUGCCUCCAAUCCUGAGAGGAAGGUCAAGAUUGGGGCUGAUCUUCAGGAGGAGCUAAGGACUGAGUCAUUUGCAAUCGUCUCUAUGUUCUUGAGGGGUCUAGGCCUGUAAGACAGAAGAAGAGAUUUUUGGCAAGUGAUAGGAGAGAUUUUGUAAAGAAGGAGGUUAAGGACCUACUUGAUGUAGGUCAUAU